CUUGCUUAAAUCGGUAUGAUAGGAUGAGACGUGAAAAUAGGAUUUCAAAAAAAUACGUUGCAUCUUAUAGAUCUAUACUUUGUCUGUGUUAUCAUGAAUAUUUCGCAAAUAAAUCGCUAUGUUAUCAUGAAUAUUUCUCUGUGUUAUCAUGAAUAUUUCGCAAAUAAAUUUCUACUCAUAGGUUUUUCGAAAUUCUAUCAAACACGAUUAUUGUACGUCAGGUCUACUUUGUGAUUAGUCAAUGAUUGUACCACUAUUAUAUUCUCAAUAUUAAAAUAUAUGUUUGAAUCUGUACCUAAAAUGCUCAUUAAAUAUACAAAGUCAUUGCUCUACAUAUGUAUGUAUACAUAAACAAUUUUAUAUACAAGAUAUAUAAUUUCAAAUUCUCAUGAAAGAUACAUUGUAAAUUAAAUAUGUAAACAAAUGAAAACACACUAUUGCACUAUUUAAUUUACCAUUACCUUUUAUGUUUCAAUAUUUAAAUGUACAACAUUGAAAAAGUUUAAUAUUCUCUUUGACAUUGAGGUGUAGAUAGGUAUAAAACACUUGAAUUUUUCUAACUCAUUGUUGCAUAUGUGAUUUGAUAUAUUGUGUUAUGUUUUAAAAUUUUAUUACAAGUGUAUGACUAAAACAGUUAAAAUAAAUAAUUAGCUGUUAUAAACAAUAGCAAUUAUAAAAUAUUAUGGCUACAAAUAAAAAUGUUAUAAUACUUGUGCCAAAUGGUCGUCGACAAAAUGUUGGAGUAACUCCAAACACUACAAUACUACAAAUAUUGGAAGAGGUGUGUCAGAAAUAUGGAUAUAACAUAGAUGAUUAUGAUCUCAAACAUUAUAAUCGUGUAUUAGAUCCUAAUGCUAUAUUAAGAUUUACUGGAUUGGCAAAUAAUGCACAAUUAGAAAUGGUACCGUGUACGAAAGCACGUUCUAUUUCCAUUGUUACAAUAGGUAUACAGUUAGAAAAUGGGGAAAGAUUAAUGACUGAAGUUACACCUAAUACAACGUUAGCUGAAAUUUUGCAGAAUGUAAAUUUCAAUGAAGAUCUUGAAAAAAUUACCUUGAUUUACAUGCAUCGUGAGAUUUCUGGAUCAGAAGCUUUAAAAAAUACCACUUUAAAGUCAUUAGGACUCAUUAACGGUAAAGCUGUAUUACGGUUAAUACAAAAACGACCCCGAACCGUAGAUAAUGUUAAUAUAGUUGUAGCAGCUACAGAUACUAAUAAAACAUUAGACUCUGCAAUUUCUAAAAAGAAAAUACAAAACUCAGGAGAAUUAGAAAUAUGUUCUCAGGACAAAGAAAAAGGAGUAAUAACAGAAAAGGAAAAAGAAACUAAUAUAGUACCAUCAAUUAGUACAGAUAAUUGUGAAAUUUUGCCGUGCAAGAAACAUGAAACAGAUGACUUGAAUAAUAUAGAAUUCUUAGGUGAAAGAAAUGCUUUAGUAUUCAAUCAAGCUGCAAUUCAAGGAACAUUUAGAGAUGAACUACCAGAUGAUUUUUACGAUCUAACAGUUGACGAUGCAAAAAUAUUAUUAAGAGAUGUUAAACGUUAUAGAAAAGAACUAGAGGAAGCACCACUUUUAACAAAUGUUCAACGACAAUCCAAUAAAGAAAAGAGAACAUCAGAUCAAUUAAACAAAUAUCAUUAUACAAUAAUUCGUAUACAGUUUCCAGAUCAAUUUGUUCUUCAAGGUUUAUUUCAACCAAUGGAAACUGUACAAGCAAUCAAAGAUUUUGUAAAAUGUUAUUUGAAUGAUGUAAAUAGUGACUUCAUAAUCUUUACUACGCCACCAAAACAUAUUUUAAACUCUAAUGCUCGCUUAAUUGAUGAAAACUUGGUUCCUUGUGCUAUUGUUCAUUAUUCCGGCUCAUCAGCUCUUAAAUUGGACGUAAAACAAAAAUUUACUGAUCCUAAGAAAGUUGAACUGCAAGUAGCUAAUACUAGAAAAUUAAUGAUAAACCAGGAAAUGACAAGUAAAGACGAAAAUGUAAAUAACGAUACAAGUGAAUUGAAUAUGCAAACAAGUAACGAAUCAUUAAACGAAAAAAAAAGUAAAAUUCCAAAGUGGUUAAAUCCAUCGUUUAAAUAACUAAUUAAUUUUCGUUAUUACUGUAAAAUUUUUAUAAUAUUUUGGAAUGAAGUAUAAUGAUAUUUUAAUAUGUAGAUACAUAAAACGCACGCACAAAUGCGCGCGUACGCGAUCACACACACACACGCACACACACACACAAACACAUACAUCCAUGUAUUUCAUUUAAUAUUGUAAUUAAACAUA